AUGAAUUUGAAUGCAAAAUCAAUGCCAAACCGUAACCAUGUAAACGAUCUUAAGGCUCAAUCAACUUCGCCUGACUCGAUCAUACAAACCGCAAAUAUUCAAUCCAAUACAGUGAACUUUUCUAAUCAGAAGAAAAAUAUUCUGUGGGUCAUCAUAUUCAUUAUAGUUACUAUAUUAGUCAUAGUAACAAUUACAGCUUCGGUAACUCUCAAUAGAAAGAACAGGACAAGACCUACAAAAUUAACAAUAGCUACCACAGAAAAUACGACUACAAUGGCAGCAACUACGACAAUAGAACCAGUUCUAAUACCACUGGACGCUAUUAAUGGGACGGUGAUAGGUGUAUACAAUACAUAUAUCGGCGGUCUUAGCAGUAUAUCAACACCUGGUGACAGAGAUGAUCAAUACGAAGAGACGGAGCCACCGAAUCAUGCAUGCGAUGGUAAUGUAUCAACUAUAUAUUCAACGUUUAGUCCAUGCGGAAGAGGAGAUCGACAGCAAAAAUGUGGUCUGAAUACUGGUUUUUAUCUUCAAUUACAGCAUGGCCCAAUAUUAGUCAAUGGAUUAAGAAUAUGCUAUGCCUAUACUAGUUUUGCCAGCGAUCCAUAUAUCGUAUCCUUAGAAGGAAGUAAUCUAUCUAGUGAACAUCUUAUUCUCGGUACUAGUUGGACUCUGAUCUAUAACGAUACCAUUGAACUCCGAGGAACUUCUAGUACAACAACAUGUGGCACAGUGCAAAUCUUUCCAAAUACAAACCAUUAUAGCAAUUAUCGAUUUCUUGUGUCUCGAAAAGUUGGAAUAUCAGAUAGUGUUCGAUAUUCUGAAGUAGAACUCUAUGGAUCUGGAUUUCAUCUUUAG